AAAUCCUCUCAAACCCCUCUCUGCUGAGCUUUCAAAAUUGUAGCAAAAUGCCUCGAGCAUCAAAGAGAAAAUCUGACACACCCAAAUCUACUUCUGUCAAAUCUGCUCGCUCGGAGUCUAUCACAACUGCUUCAAGCAAGACUACGAAGUUUGGAUUGUCCGUUGAUAAUCUUUUUCAGAAGUAUGCCAAUAAGCUGCUAGGCAUGAUCGAUCCAGAGGGGAUUGAGGCACUUUGCUCAGAUCUCGGAGUAGACUAUACAAAUGUCAAAAUUUUGAUGCUCGCUUGGAAAUUGAAAGCUGAAAAGCAGGGAUAUUUUACUCAGGAUGAAUGGAGAAAAGGUUUAAAAGAUCUCCAGGUUGAUACGAUUAACAAAUUGAAAAAAGCCCUGCCAAAAUUGGAAGCAGAGGUUAUGAUGCCUGAAAAUUUUGAGGAUUUUUAUUCCUACGCCUUCCGUUACUGCCUUACUGAGGAUAAGCAGAAGUGUGUGGACAUCGAGAGCAUUUGUCUACUGAUUGAUCUUGUUCUGGGGCCCCAAUUUCGUGCUCAGGUUGACUCAUUUAGUGAGUUUCUCAAGAAUCAGACUGAUUAUAAGGUGAUCAACGUGGAUCAAUGGAUGAAUUUUCUUCGAUUUUGUCAAGAGGUUAGCUUUCCAGACCUUGAAAACUAUGAUCUCGACCAAGCAUGGCCUGUGAUUUUGGAUAAUUUUGUUGAGUGGAUGAGAGAAAAACAAAAGUGAUCUCCGCUGUUGAGUUCUUGUAAAUGCUAACGAAAAGAUUUUGAAGUGUGUGCACGGGACUUUUGCUUGCACGAUUCAUAACAGCUGCACCAUUCAGCGGGAGGCUGGUUUUCUUUCUGCUACAGAACUACAAGCCUGAGGAGGGUUCAACACAUUUCUGUCGAAGGGGAUAUACUAAAAAUUUCUUCCUUGAAGAACGCUUGUAAGAACCUUUUUAAUUUUUCGUCUUAGUUACAAACAAAAUGUAGCUGCUAUUUUUUCUUUGUCCAACUUCUUGAUUUUGGAAUUUCACUAGUAACAUAGUGAUAUGGAUCAUUUGAUCCUUAUAUGGUAGUCAUACAUGUGAAUGGAGGUUAAAAAAAACAAUAUGUUGAAGUGAAAUUGAAUGUGGUUUAUUUGUUACA